GGGCUCCUGUCUGACCGAUGGGAUCGGACAGUUUCAGUUUGGCCUGAAACUCGUCCGGGAACACGACGUGCCUGUUCUUACGAUAGAGUGUGAGUGGUGUUAAUUAACGUGGGGCAAUUUAACUGAUAGUGAUUGAUUUUUUAUCACUGUCUAGAAUGGAAAUGAAUGAAAAUCAUGCUGUGAAUGUCGAAGUAAAUGGAAUAAAUAAUGCGGAAAAAGAUUCAUUGAAGCGAGGAGCUGAUAUAACGUAUGGAAUCGACGACACGCCACCAUGGUACCUCAGUAUUUUUAUGGCCCUCCAGCACUAUCUAACAAUGAUCGGCGCAAUAGUGUCUAUUCCAUUCAUCCUAACGCCGGCGUUAUGUAUGGAAGAUGAAGACCCCUCGAGGGGUAUAAUUAUCUCAACGAUGAUUUUCGUAACCGGCUUGGUAACAUACAUUCAGGCAACUUGGGGUUGCCGUUUACCGAUUGUUCAAGGAGGCACGAUUUCCUUUCUGGUACCCACUCUGGCUAUCCUGAAUUUACCACAAUGGAAAUGUCCUAACAAAGAUGUGAUAGCCUCUAUGAAUUCGGACGAAAAAAGUGAAUUGUGGCAAAUAAGAAUGAGAGAGCUGUCCGGAGCUAUUGCUGUGUCUGCUCUUUUUCAGGUCUUCAUUGGAUACACUGGUUUAGUUGGAAAAUUGUUAAAAGUCAUAACCCCGCUUACCAUUGUCCCCACCGUUUCAUUGGUUGGUCUCACACUUUUUUCUCAUGCUAGUGAUACAGCCUCAAAGCACUGGGGGAUAGCAGUAGUGACAAUUAUUCUCAUGACAUUAUUUUCGCAAGCUAUGACAGAAAUUCAAGUACCUACAUUCAAAUAUCGCAAGGGCCAUGGUAUUCAAAUUGGAUGGUUCCCGCUUUUCAAACUGUUUCCGGUACUACUGACAAUCAUCAUCAUGUGGUCAUUGUGCGCAGUGUUAACAGUAACAGAUGUCCUGCCAGAAGGUCAUCCUGCGCGCACAGAUGUUCGCAUACGAGUGCUGGAAGAUGCUGCAUGGUUCCGUGUACCAUAUCCUGGGCAGUUUGGAAUACCCACUGUAACGCUAGCUGGCGUUUUAGGAAUGAUGGCAGGAGUUUUGGCGUGUACCGUAGAAUCUAUCAGUUACUAUCCAACAGUCUCACAAAUGUGUGGAGCACCUCCACCACCACUUCAUGCCAUCAAUCGAGGUAUUGGAACAGAAGGCUUGGGUACAGUACUCGCAGGACUCUGGGGAUCCGGUAAUGGUACGAAUACAUUUGGCGAAAACGUCGGUGCGAUUGGAGUUACUAAGGUAGGAAGCCGACGUGUGAUCCAAUGGGCCGCUAUUAUAAUGAUAUUGCAAGGAGUUUUGAAUAAAUUUGGCGCAGCAUUUAUUAUGAUUCCUGACCCGGUGGUAGGUGGAAUAUUUUGCAUCAUGUUCGGUAUGAUAGCAGCCUUCGGAUUAUCUAAUCUUCAAUACGUGGAUAUUCGUUCAGCACGUAAUCUUUACAUACUUGGGCUGUCGAUUUUCUUUCCACUAGUCCUUUGUUUGUGGCUCAAAGAGCACCCAGAUUUCAUACAGACAGGCAACAAAACAUUGGACUCAACUUUAUCUGUUUUGCUUGGCACUAGUAUCCUAGUUGGAGGAUGCCUGGGGUGCGUUUUGGAUAAUCUUCUUCCGGGGACACCAGAGGAACGUGGCUUGAUAGCAUGGAGCAAAGAAAUGGCGCUUGAGGUAAAUGAAACAAGCACUGACGGAAUUGCUACCUCCACUUUCGAUUUUCCAUAUGGAAUGCAGGUACUGAAAAGAUAUCGAUGGACGAGGUAUGUACCGUUUUUGCCAACGUACAAGAUGAAACUUUAAAAAGUAGAAGUAUCAUAGUGGCGUUAGACAACCAAUCUUUUUGAAAGAAAUUCCCGAGGGUAUUGCACAACUCUUCCUGAAAUCUGGUUAUAUAGAGACAUACCUUGGAUGGAUUACUCUAUCAACCAUACCAGUUUAAA